AUGAGCGCCUGCGGCAUAGAUCAGACCCUCCUCCUUCGAGCGGCUAGGUUUUUCGAUCAGGGAAUAGCAUCGCAACCAUGUUCGAGGUAUGUGUUCACCUUCCGGACUCUGGGCCGGGGCAUUAUCGGAGCUCGGCAAGAUACGCCCCCAGCCAUUGAGCUUGCUGCACCCAUGGCGACUGCCCCUCGCUCUUGCGAGCAGAACCCCGCCCGUUGCCCAUCCCAGGAAGGCACACCCCCGCCAUAGCCUUCGUGCCGCCACGGCGUCUUUGGAAAGUGAACUAUCCGUACCUUAGCAUCCGAAUAAUUCAUACUCCAAGGAUACCUGCUAUAGCCAAUACCCCCCUCUGGACUAAUAUUUCGUCAACAUAUU